GAGUCUUGUAAUGGCGACGGGUUUGGUAAGUACCUCAGAAGUUUUCGAGUGACUGCGAGAGUGCUCAGCUUCAGAUAAUUUGAAGCACCCUACAAUGGUUUGGGAAGUAAAGACUAAUCAAAUGCCUAAUGCAGUACAGAAACUCCUAUUAGUGGUGGACAAAAGAACUUCAGGGAUGAAUGAAUCAUUGGAAUUACUGAAGUGUAAUGAAAACCUUCCAUCUUCUCCUGGAUAUGCAUCUUGUGAUGAACACAUGGAGCUUGAUGAUCUUCCUGAACUGCAAGCUGUUCACACUGAUUCUACCCCACCUGCACUUUUCCAGCUGAGUGCUAAUGUCUCGCAUCAGGAAUAUUCAAGGCCUUUGUGGAACCAGCGGACCUCAAGCAACAGUUCAGAAAGUUCUUAUACUUGUGAGAAUGGAGUGAACUGGUUGACUGAAUUGGCAAACAUAGCUACUAGUCCACAGAGUCCUCUCAUGCAGUGCUCUUUUUAUAGCAGAUCAUCUCCUGUUCACCUAAUAGCUACAAGCAAAAGUUUACAUUCCUAUGCACGCCCUCCACCAGAAUCCUCUCAGAGUGAUUCUGGCUUUCCUAAGCAUCACAUUGAUGAAACACCAGUCAGACAUGAAAGGACAAAUAGUGAAUCAGAGUCUGGCAUUUUCUGUAUGUCAUCACUGUCGGAUGAUGAUGAUCUGGGGUGGUGCCACUCUUGGCCUCCAACUGUUUGGCACUGUUUCCUUAAAGGAACACGUUUGUGCUUUCACAAAGGACGCAAUAAAGAAUGGAAGGAUGUUGAAGAUUUUGCUCGGUCCAAAGGCUAUAAAAAUGAAGCUGAUGAUUCAGUGGGUACUUGCAAAGGAUAUGGUUCUGAUGGUUUGAAGUUGAUAUCACAUGAAGAAAGUGUUUCCUUUGGCGAGUCAGUGCUAAAAUUGACUUUUGAUCCUGGCACAGUGGCAGAUGGCUUGCUUACUGUAGAGUGUAGACUGGAUCACCCUUUCUAUGUUAAAAAUAAAGGUUGGUCGUCUUUUUAUCCAAGCCUGACUGUGGUUCAGCAUGGUAUUCCAUGUUGUGAAAUGCAUAUUGGAGAUGUUUGUCUACCUCCUGGACAUCCUGAUGCCAUUAAUUUUGACGAUUCAGGUGUUUUUGAUACAUUCAAAAGUUAUGAUUUUACACCAAUGGAUUCCUCUGCAGUCUAUGUGUUAAGCAGUAUGGCUCGUCAACGCCGUGCUUCUUUAUCUUGUGGAGGAUCAGGAAGCCAAGACUUUGAAAGAUCAGAAUGCAGUACAAACUGUGGACCUGCUCAGUCAUCACAGAUUUCAUCCAAUUCUUUGCAUAGCAAAGCUGGCAAAAGCCACAGCUCAGGGACUGCAAGUACUGUGAGUGCCACUUCUCCCAACAAAUGCAAAAGACCAAUGAAUGCCUUCAUGCUUUUUGCCAAAAAGUACAGAGUAGAAUAUACUCAGAUGUAUCCAGGAAAAGAUAACAGAGCCAUAAGUGUGAUACUUGGUGACAGGUGGAAGAAAAUGAAAAAUGAAGAAAGACGGAUGUACACAUUGGAAGCCAAGGCCUUGGCUGAAGAACAAAAACGUUUAAAUCCUGACUGCUGGAAACGGAAACGAACAAAUUCAGGUUCACAAUAACAUUAAAUUGGAAUUCUUCUGCAAAUACAUGGUGGUGGAAGACUUGAUCAAGGUUUCAUGAUUUGUUGUGAAGGUCUGACCAUAAAAUACUGGCAGCAUUGAGUCAUUAGGAAUGAGGAUUUGCUUAUUACAGUAGAGCAUUAAGCAAGCUAAAAACUAUCAACAUUUUAAAACCAAAUUGCCUUAUUUUUCUUCCAAACGACAUAAAUGUCUAUCAGGUGUAAUAGGCUUGAAAAUGGAUCCUGUGGUGCUAAAAAAUAGUAGGAAGAAGAGGAGCUUUGUAUAAAUGUUUAUUUUUUAAAAAAAAUGCACAAAAAGGGGAAUUUUAAAACAUGUAACAUCUGUUUAUAUAUUGAUUCUUAUUGCUGAUUAAUAUGUAUUGCACAAACUAUGUAAUUAACUACAAAUCUGGGAGCUGGGAUUUUCUGACAUAAUAUAUGAACUUCUAGUCUGCCCAGUGCCAACAAGUUACCAGAAUGUGUGGCAAAGUGGAUAGCAUAGUGUAUACUACAUGUAGCAAGAUUGUUGUCUGUUGGGGAAGAUAUCACAUUUGUAACUCGUUUGAGAUGUGAUCCCUUCCCUAAAGAGGCUUGUAGAACUGCCUGGGUUGUAGUUCACAGCCCAGGAUUAAAUUGAAUAGUAGCAUUGCAUUAUCCCAAAAGAAUGGUGCUUUUGUGGUGUCACCAUUUUAUUUUUAAAGGUUUUUUUUUGUCUCCUAUGCUGCAUAUUUUAAAAGAUUUUAUUUUGCCAUAAUACAUCUUUUAUGGUGGGGACAAACUUUGCACUUACUGUAGGUGCAACAUUUGCACUUUACUUUUUUCCCUCCAUCUAUAUAAAGUAGAGCAGAUAUGUUAGAUUUAUGGCUACCUUUGCUGUGAACAUUUACAAUAUAGCUUUUAAUGUUACUAAAUAGAGUGUGUUUCUGUUUAAGAAUCACAACAAUAAAUUUCAGCACCUGACAUGUCUACAUGAUGUUGCUCCUAUGAUUUUGCACACUAUAUUCAUGUAUUAUUUCAAAUAAAUUUGUAAAACAGUA